AUGAAGAUUUCCACGACUAUUGUUCUGGCCGCUGCCGCUGCCAGCAGCUCGGCCGCCGCCGUGGACAUGCACAAGCGCAUCAUCGGCGGGUCCGAUGCCUCGUACAAGUUCAGCGCCAACAUUGUCAAGGUGACGGCGUCCGGCGUGGGCGUGUGCAGCGCGGCGUUCCUGUCUGACCAGGUUCUGGUGACCACGGCUUCGUGCGUCAGCGACACGUCGUCGGACUCGGCGUACGCGGCGUCUGCGCUGUACGUGGGCCAGGGCAGCGCCAGCGACGCCCUGGCGACGGCGGGCGCAAAGGGCGCCAAUGUAUCGAAGCUGACCGGCUACGUCAACCCGGCGCAGGUGCUGACCCACCCGGGCUUCAACAGCCGCGCGUACGCCGACAACAUUGCGCUGGUGAUGCUGGGCGCUCCGUAUAAGAACGCGACGGCGGUGAAGGUGCAGAAGAAGCUGCCGGGCAAGGGCGCGUAUCUGACGGCUGCGGGCUACGGUGCAGCGGAUGGCGGCGCGACGGCGCUGCAGAAGGCCCAGGUGGUGGUUGGGGAGAAUGCGACGUGCUCGCAGGCGUUUGCGUCGUACAAGGACUCGUCCAAUCUUGUGUGCGUGGGGCCGGUCAAGAACAAGGGUGGCGCCUGCAAUGGCGACGGCCUGCUGCUGCAGGAGGACUCGUCGAACGUUGCGCUGAUUGGCGUGCUGGAUUUGUUUGCCUCGACCGACUCGCAGGAUAACGCGCAGUGCAGUGACAAGAACGUGUACAACUUCUACACCGCUGUGGAGAACUACAUGGCGUGGAUUACCCAGAAGACCCCGCUCAAGGAGUCCGCGCUGCUGUCCACUGCCACUAUCUCUACCUCGGGCUCCGGCUCGGCGUCUGACAACGAGGACAGCAAAGAGCAGAGCUCCAAGGGCGGUGCUAGCUCCAAGGGACGAGGAGGGCGCGACCAGCGGUCUUGA